AUGAAUAAAAUUACGGAAUGUCAAAAAAAAAAAAAAAAAAAGAAAGUAAAUAUGCUGUGUCCUUUAUUUUCAUGUAAAAGCAAGUAUUACUAUAACAUUUCGAAUUUUCCACCAUCCGAUAAUGAAGAAUGCGAACCUUUUUUCGAGGGUAAAAACAAAAAUAAAGAUUUUCACUAUAUAAUUGAAAAAGCCGUAAACGAAAUUAUAUAUGAUACAAAAAAGAGCUGUGAUGUUCAUUCUGACUUUGAACAAGUUGAGAAAAUUGGGAAUAAAAAAAAGGAACAUCUAUAUUCCGAUGAUUGUUUAGAUGAUAUUGAUAUAAUUUUAAAAAAGAGCAAAACCGAAAACAUGUUUUUAAGAAAAAAAGAAAAUAACGAAGUUAGUGAUAUCUUAUUACCCUCUAAAAAUAUAAAACAAAGAAUUUAUUCUAUAAACGAAGACAAAAUAGACAUAAAAGAUAAUAGCAGAAAAAAAAUAGAAAAUACACUCAAUGAUAACAUAAUAGAAAAUUUUAAAAAUGUUUUAUGUAAUGAUUUAAACAAAUAUUUUAAAGAUAUACUGGAAGACGUAAAAAAAGGUACUGAAAUGAAUGAAAUUAAUGGUUCUAAUAUACAAAAAGAGGAGCAUAUUCCAAGCGAGAAAAAACUUCAGCAUCAUUUUAACAUUUUAAAAAAAAAUACUACCAAUUGCGAAGUACCAUUCGAUAAUAUUUCUAACUGCACAGAUACCACAGAUAUAACGUGUAUUAACAGUAAAAUGUUAAAAAGGGUUAAUUACAAAAAAAUAAAUUGUGAAAGCGUAACUUCAGAAGAGAACAAAAAAUUCGAUGUUGCUCAAUUAUUCAAUAUUAGUGAAAGUGACGGUAGAACACAUUUCAAUAAACAAAAUACUGUAACAUAUAAGGACAACGCAUCUUUUGAUAUAGUUGUAGAUCUCAAUCAAGAUAAUAUAUUAUUAAAAAAUACUCACAAUAAUAAUAGAAGAACUGUGAACAAAUCAAGGUACAAAAAAAAUUUUUAUUUUUCAAAAAGAAAAAAAUUAACUAAAGAAAAAUCAUUUUUAUUAAGCAAAAAAAGUAAAUUAUAUAACAAAGAUUACCAUAAGACGGAUGAUAUGAGAAGUAGUAUGCCUAAAAAAAAACAACCCUAUUUAUGCAAAUCACACCGCGAGAUUGUAAAUAGUAUGGGCAAUGUUACUAGCUCUGGAAAUUUGAGUGCUUUGAGAAAUUCCCAUAUGUCCCUUGAGUCAAAAUCCAACUUCUGUACAAGCCCAACUGAAGAUUUUGUCUUUAGCCAUUUUCAGAAAAAUGCAAAUAACAACAUUAUAAAUAAACUUCUUCUUUAA